AUGGAGACAGUAAGAUUUUCUUGGGUUGUCUUGUUUAUUGCCAUUGGCAUUGUUGGGCUGAAAGGUGAUGAAUUAGGAAACGCCACAGACUAUUCUCAAAGCAAUGCUACUAAUUCUUCUUUAGCUCCUCCUUCUAAGCCUCUUCAGAGAAAUAAUAUUGAAGAUACAGAAGGGAGCAAUAAAACGUACAGUAGUACUACUGAAGUUGUGAUCAACAACAGCAAGAGUAGAUAUAAUGGUCCAUAUGAUAGAGGAGGAGGGGGUGGUGGUGGUGGUGGAGGUGGGAGAGGUGGAGGAGGCGGCGGAGGUGGUGGUGGAGGCGGGUAUGGAUGGGGUUGGGGUGGAGGAGGAGGUGGAGGCGGCGGAGGAGGCAGCGGAGGUGGCCGUGGUGGAGGAGGAGGAUGGGGAUGGGGAGGUGGAGGGGGUGGAUGGUACAAAUGGGGAUGUGGGGGACAUUCAAAACAUGGGAAAGGAAAGGGAAGAGAAGGAGGGCCAGGGGAGGGAGAUUAUAAGGUGGGAGAGUUUGCACAAUGCAUGCGUAGAGGCAGCCGGUGUAGAGGCAUGAGAUUGGAUUGCCCUCUUCACUGCGGUGGACCUUGCUUUUAUGACUGCCAGCAUAUGUGCAAGGCUCACUGUCGGCGUUCCUGAUCAUUUCCAACUUGUCCAUCUCGAUCCCAACUAUUUCUCGCACUUGCGUUCUUCAAGAUUGCAAAGAAUCAUGAAUGUGUUUUUCUAUUUAUUCAUAAGAAAAAAAAAAAAAAAAUUUAAGAAUGUGUUUUCUA